AUGGUGUUAAAGUUUGGUUUCAAAACAAUGGAACCUGUAUCAAGACAAUUUUGUAUGGACAGUCUAAACGGAUGUCCUCUUUCACCACAGACCAAUUUUACCAUCGAAAGAUCUUUUAACCUUUCUAAUAUUCCUGUGUAUCCAUUGGCCGACAUUACAGCUCAGUACUCGGCAAUUACUGCAGACAGUCAUCUCGUCUGUAUUCAAUUAGCACCAGUCGGUUAUCAACACCCUACCUGGCGAAAUAUAUUCACCUGGCUACCCAUUGGUUUUACAGCCUUUGCAGCAAUCCUCUCUUUAGUUACAUCCUUUAAAGUCUUUCACAGCGACGAUGGGGAUGCAGCAGCAGGUCAUGAUAUUUUUUUGUUUGGCUCGAAUUAUGCCAUGUUACCCGGUGUCUUACGAUUAAAAACACCGGGUUUUUUUGAUCUUGUCUUUUACGCUCAAUUCAUCGUGACCGUAGGUCAGUUCAAUAUUGAGUAUCCAAGAUUCCACGCUUUAUUCACCUCCAACUUUUCCUGGAGUUUUCUAUUGUUCAAUCACUCCGAAUGGUUGAAUCAGAUCAUUUCGAGCCUAUUUCAGGCUUCUGCAUCUUCUGCAGACUCGAUCUCUUCAGUUCCUGGACAGAUCUUGAAUAAACGACAAGAAAUUUUGAAUGUCACAGAUGAUUCGAACAAUGUCGUUGUUGUGGGCACAGGCAUGGCCGAUUUUGCAAUUGCUACAGGCAUUGAUAUCAAUGCGCUUUUCUUUACAUUGAUGCGUCUGCUUGGCUCUUUGUUUUAUUGUAUGGACAGCUCUAUAUAUUGCUGGAAAAUCAACAGACCGCAUCAGUCUUUUGAAAAACGCAAGCAAGAUGUGGGACUUUACUCUCGGUAA